AUGAACGCCAGUACAAUUCAUACCCAAGCAAUGAACGGCAGUACGGCGGCAGUGAAUCUAGAUGUCUCCGAUUGCGAAGACUUUGACGAAGACGAUGAUGACAUGAAUGAAUUCUCUCAGGAUCAUCAGAUCUUCGUAGAAAUGAUAUCUAGAAAUCCUGAAAGUGAGUGGAAGGAAUCGGAUGACGAGCCUCUGUUCAACAGUAUUAGUCGUGAUUAUCAGAGACGAGCGAUUGACCGACCACUGACGUGGAAUCGUUCAGAAAACUUCAAUAAUACCUUUGAUGCAGACCCGCCAUUGAAGUCAGCCCACUUAAAAUCCACCCUCACUUUUAAGUUCUUAUGA